CGGGGUCAUUUUGGCCGUCGGGGGACGAUACCACGAAUGAAGACACACUUGAAAAUAGAGCAAUAUGCAUUGAUAUCAAGGUUUUGCAGGAUGAUAUCAAGGCAUUAUUGGAAGAUAAUGUUGCCUUGCGUGCUGCUCGGAACUUAAAAACCUGAUUGAAGAAAAUGGGACACUACUGGGGAAAUAACGCUGCUUUGCCUACCCCUCAGGAGGAUGAGAAAGACGCAAAGGAAAAUAUCACCGCCAUCGAGUGUGAACCUACUCUGAUCCGUGUCAGUUAGUCCCUGAGGAGCUGAGUCUGGACGGUGUUAAAGACGUUGUUGCAGAAGUCCAAAAAUGUAAUCCUCACGGUACCGCUUCCUCUGUCCAGGUGAUCGAGAGUUCGGUGCAGCAGGAAGAUGCAUGCAAAAUGCAAAAGGUCGAGUGUGCGGCGGCCUGCUCCGCCAUCUCUUUGAGUCUUUCGAUGGUUUCGUUUUCCAACUGCCAAUAACCAGCAUUGUCUCAUUCCAUUGUUCUAUUUCCUCUCCUGUUUUGUGCUCGUAUGUGCGCAUGCCUGUGUGUGGAUUUGUGUGUGUUGCAAUGAGGAUUAACCCCAGUGCUUCAGCUGAUGCUGAUUGGAAUGACGUUCAACACUUUGCAAAGGCUGGAUUCCAACAAUAAAGGAGAGACUGGUUCUAAAUAUGCACCGGUGAGUCUUGGAUUAGGAUCCUGCUCUCGAGCUCGGAGCGCAUGUGGAAGAAGGCGUGAGCGUGCUGGAGCAUGUGUGUUUGCAUCUUAAGCCAAGCGCAGCACAAUAUGGGCCACCGGUGGCCCGGUCGUCGUGUGUGUUUGGGUUUAGACUUGUGUUGAUAAGGCGACAUCUUGGACAUGAGCUCCGCAUACUGAGAGAGUCCUCACUGACAAACAUUUCAUGGAGAAUAUCCAAAGUUCUCUAGUGAACAAACUCGUCCCAGCUUCCCUUGAAACUGAUCCCAGCGUCCCUUCCUUAAACGUCAUUCUCCUCGUCCUUGCCUUGUCAGUCUAAGAAGUCCAAAGACACGUUUUAUUAAAUUCUUUUCCGCAUUAUCCCCUUUAAUUACACUUCUGAUCCCCAUAUUUGUUCCCCCCAUGGGCGCAAUAACAGCCAGCAGGAUCAUCUUGCUUUCAUCAGCGCUGAGAACCUCUUUCAAACCCUAACCGCAUCACCAAACACCGAAACCAGUACCAGAGCACCCGAUGGAGACAAAAGAUAUAAUGAUGACAAGCGUGUUGACAAAGGACAAACGGGACGCCGAGGCCGACAGAGGCAUCGGCACCAAGGACAUGAAGACAGAAGAGGAAGAGAAGCAGGAGGAAAACUGUCGACUGAUGCUGGCUGACGGUCUUGCUGAAAGAGGACCCAAAAGUGUGAGCUCGGCUUCCGGUCAGCAGGUGUCUAACGGCUUCACCACGUCCAGUCCGCAGAGCUCCAAAGAGGGAGUCGGGCUUCUGGGGGCUUCGUCUGCAUCCGGGCCGGCAGGCACCACCGGGUCCUCUGCGCCGGCGGGAGGCCUCAGGACUCUUGUGGUCCAACAAACCAGCCUGGAUCGUCCCAGAGAGACCUGGAGCAAGAAGAUGGACUUCUUACUCUCGGUGAUUGGGUACGCAGUGGACCUGGGCAAUGUCUGGCGUUUCCCGUACAUCUGCUACCAAAAUGGAGGAGGUGCCUUUCUGCUGCCCUACCUGUUGAUGGCGGUCUUUGGAGGUGUGCCUCUCUUCUACAUGGAACUGGCUCUCGGUCAGUUUCACCGCAAUGGCUGCAUUUCCAUCUGGAAACACAUCUGCCCCAUCUUCAAAGGUAUAGGCUUUGCCAUCUGCAUCAUAGCCCUCUACAUAGCCUUCUAUUACAACACCAUCAUGGCCUGGGCCUUGUACUACCUGUUGUCGUCAUUCCAGCCCACCCUGCCCUGGACCACCUGCACCAACAGCUGGAACACGGCCAGCUGCAACCGAUAUAUGUCCACCGACCACAAUGUUUCGUGGUCCAACUCCUCCACCUCCCCCGCCGAGGAGUUCUAUACUCGACACGUGUUGCAGGUCCACCGCUCUUCAGGUCUGCACCAGUUAGGUUCUGUCAGCUGGCAGCUGGCCCUCUGCUUGCUCUUCAUCUUCACCAUCGUUUACUUCAGCAUCUGGAAGGGAGUCAAGACAUCUGGAAAGGUGGUGUGGGUGACCGCUACCUUCCCGUAUCUGGUCCUCCUGGUGCUGCUCAUCCGUGGGGCCACUCUCCCAGGUGCGUGGAGGGGAGUAGUCUUUUAUCUGAAACCUGAUUGGGAGAAACUGCUCAGCACUACCGUGUGGAUCGAUGCAGCAGCUCAGAUCUUCUUCUCGCUGGGUCCGGGUUUUGGGGUGCUCCUUGCCUUUGCCAGCUACAACCCGUUUCACAACAACUGCUACAAAGACGCGUUGGUCACCAGCUCGGUCAACUGCCUCACCAGCUUCCUUUCCGGCUUUGUGAUUUUUACCGUGCUGGGCUACAUGGCCGAGAUGAGGCAGCAGGAUGUGGAUGCUGUUGCCAAAGAUGCUGGACCCAGUCUGCUUUUCAUCAUUUAUGCAGAAGCCAUCGCUAACAUGCCUGCUGCGACCUUCUUUGCCAUUAUCUUCUUCCUCAUGAUCAUUAUGUUGGGCCUGGAUAGCACGUUUGCCGGCUUGGAGGGUGUGAUCACCGCCAUGCUGGAUGAGUUCCCCAAUGUCCUGGUGAAAAGAAGAGAAUGGUUUGUCUUCGGUCUGGUGUGUGUCUGCUAUCUCGGAGCGCUUUCCACUCUCACAUACGGUGGAGCUUUUGUGGUGAAGUUGUUUGAAGAGUACGCCACAGGUCCUGCUGUCAUCACUGUGGUGCUGCUGGAAGUCAUUGCCGUUUCCUGGUUCUACGGAACCAACCGUUUCUGCAACGACGUCCAGGUCAUGCUUGGUUUCUACCCGGGAUGGUUCUGGAGGAUCUGCUGGGUCGCCAUCUGUCCCAGCUUUCUGCUGUUCAUCAUGAUCAGUUUUCUGGCCUUCCCUCCAGACGUCAAACUGUUUGACUACCAGUACCCACCUUGGACCACAGUCCUUGGCUACUGCAUCGGAGUGUCCUCAUUAAUCUGUGUGCCUGCUUACAUGGUAUACCACCUGGUCAAUACCAAGGGCACCCUCAAACAGCGUCUGUCAAAGAGCAUCACUCCAGAGCCCAGCAAUGACCAACACAGAGGCUUCAUCGUCACCAACGCGGUCUGACCUGAACCCCGAUGCCAUUCCUGCCACUUUCAGUGCCCUCUUCUGGUUCCCCUGUAAAACAAGAAAGCUACCUUUCACCGCUUUUGCCUCUUUUUCAUACAUUUCCUGCACUUGUCUUUGUAAUCCUUAGAAAUGCAUUUGGCCGUAAUGUACAUGAAGAUAUUAUUUAGCUUUAAUUUCAUGUUUGUGAACACCAUCCAUUCCUUUCUUCAGGUAACAUACAAUUAUGUAUUUUCAUGCAAUCAUGUAGGACUUAAUGUGCACAAAAACAAUGUCAUUCCGACCUGCCCUUUUAUGGUGAUUUUAACAAUAUACCAAUAAGUUAUGCAUCGUACAUGUAGCAAAAUGCAGGUAUUAUAUUUCUUAUAUUUUUUACCAAAGCCAAAUAUAUGACAUUUUUUCUGCUUCAAACACUAGUGUUGCAUUCAAGUUGGACCGUAAGGACAGAUUUGCAAUGGGUUCUCUACACUGUGAAGCAGUGUCUGCUUAUAACGUGUGUUUGUACUGCACAAAUGUGUGUGUGUGUGUGUGUGUGUGAGACGGUUAUAACGGCCUCUAGAAAACGAAACGCUUAUUUAUUUUAUCAUGCGUCUGCAUCCUGUCACUUUGACCUCUUGAUAAUUAUUAUUCAAAACAUUUUGCGGUUAUUAUUUUACGUCAAGACUUGUCAAGGCUUGCUUGUGUUCACGUUGCAGAGUCGUCAGUAAUAGAAACCAAAUAUGAAGCCGACACUUAGGUCACCACCAAAAUGUACGCGUGUGCGUGUUUUUGUGCGUUAAGAGACUUAAGACUGUCUUAAGACUUCAAAUAUGGCAAGUACUGUACCGCCACAUGUGUAUUUCCUCGUCUGUGUGGUACCGGUGUAACCUAUCCUGUGUUCUGUUGGUGCUGGUUUGGGUUUUAUUGUGUGCUGAGACACGUGUGAAUCUAUAGGUGGGCAGCCUCAGUAUGUAUGUAAGUAUGUGUCUACUGUACUUAAGGUGUGUGUGUGUGUGUGUGUGUGUGUGGGAUGGGUGUGUAUGUAUGGUGUGUAUGUAUAGAAAAUGUGGUAUCUUGUUGUUGUCAACUGCCAAACUAUUUAAUGAAGGAAGUAGUACCUCUCCAGCUUAUAGAGAGUCUAUGUAUGUCCACAAGACUAUCCCUGUAUAGAAUAAAGAUAUAGAAAUAUAUGGGAAAUAAUAGAUAAUAAAGAUAU